ACCAAAUAGCACUUGGCUUGAGCGCAUAACUCCGUCCAUAGCCAUAAACUUGAUUCUUCCAAGGAAGUGCAGACUAGUCUUCUAAUCAUAUAAUCUUCAUCUUUAAGUUAUCAACCAGAUCUCACGCCCCCUUCCCUCAGGCAAACACCGUUUUCAAAUCCAGUUACCAAAUACUUUGCCAAGGCAGCACUUCAGUUAUAAUUUAUUUUUAAAUAAUAGACGCUAUGUAUGUAAAUGUGAAAAUAAAUUAAAUUCAAAAUAAAACGUAGCCAUGAUAUUUUGGAAUAUCUAAUGAAUAUAAAAGAAGAUUGCAAUCUAACACUUAUCAGUUUCCAUCCUGAUGAUUCACGUUGUCCCUUAAAUGGAAAUAACAAACAAUAAAAAACAAAACACACAGGUAGCCGAAGAAUCGAUAGAACUAGCAGGUAAUUCCUCAACCAACAGAUAACGAACAAGUUUUUUCAAAGGGUCUAGGAAACUCGUGGCCCAUAGCUUACCUGUCUACUUUAUUUGCUUCGACUUCGUUAGUUGUCUUUUGUACCUCCUACAUUCAAGAACUACGCUAAAAUGCUGCUUAUUUUGGCAUACAGUAUUUUGGCCAUUUUAUUGAGUGUUGUGGUCACGUCUUAUAUUGUUAUUACUUAUGGAGCCAAGCGACGAGUUAUUCUGCCGGUUAAAAAUAAAAAUUCAUCUGAACAAAAACAAAUAGUUUAUGAAAAAUUAAAACAAGCUCCAGGACCACGACCUUUUCCCAUCAUUGGCAACCUACAUCUGCUGGAUCGUUAUAGAGAUAAUCCCUUCGCUGGUUUUACGGAGUUAUCCAAACAGUAUGGAGACAUUUACUCCCUGACUUUUGGACACACCCGCUGUUUGGUUGUGAAUAAUCUGGAGCUGAUACGCGAGGUCUUGAACCAAAAUGGGAAGGUAAUGAGUGGACGCCCGGACUUUAUACGAUAUCAUAAGUUAUUUGGAGGCGAGAGAAGCAAUUCAUUGGCCCUCUGCGAUUGGUCUCAACUGCAGCAGAAAAGGAGGAAUCUUGCCAGGCGGCACUGUUCGCCCAGGGAAUACUCUUCUUUCUAUAUGAAAAUGUCCCAAAUUGGCUGCGAGGAAAUGGAGCUUUGGAAUCGUGAGCUAAGGAACCAACUGGUCCCUGGAGAACCCAUUGAACUGAAGCCUCUGAUCCUCAAGGCAUGUGGAAACAUGUUUAGUCAGUACAUGUGUUCACUGAGAUUUGACUACGGAGAUAUGGAGUUUCAACAGAUUGUUCAGUACUUCGAUGAGAUUUUCUGGGAGAUCAACCAGGGACAUCCCCUGGACUUUCUUCCCUGGCUAUAUCCCAUCUAUCAACGUCAUCUUAACAAAAUCAUCAACUGGUCCUCGACCAUCAGGAAAUUUAUAAUGGAGAGGAUUAUCUGCCACCGGGAGCUGAAUAUCGAUUUGGAUGAGCCAGAUCGAGAUUUUACAGAUGCCUUACUUAAAAGUCUCAUUGAGGACAAAGAUGUUUCCAGGAACACGAUCAUCUUUAUGUUGGAGGAUUUCAUCGGCGGACACUCGGCGGUCGGAAAUCUUGUGAUGCUAGUACUGGCCUAUAUAGCCAGGAAUCAGGAUAUAGAAGAGAGAAUCCAAGAGGAAAUAGACGCCAUAUCAUCGAAGGAAAAUAGACAAGUUACCCUAAUGGAUAUGAAUGACAUGCCUUUUACGAUGGCCACAAUUUUCGAAGUGCUACGAUAUUCAUCCUCACCGAUUGUUCCUCAUGUUGCCACCGAGGACACAGUAAUCUCUGGCUAUGGAGUAACAAAGGGCACUAUUGUGUUUAUCAAUAAUUAUGUGCUCAAUACUAGCGAGAACAACUGGGUCAAUCCUAAAGAAUUUAAUCCAUUAAGAUUUUUGGAAAAGCCAAAUCAAGAAAGACCAAACAAUUUCAAAGGUUCCGAUUACGACAUCGAGAACAACAAGGCGAAACUUCAACUAAGAAAGAAUAUUCCUUAUUUCCUACCGUUCAGCAUCGGAAAGCGGACUUGCAUCGGCCAAAAUUUGGUCAGAGGCUUCGGUUUUCUGAUCCUGGUCAACAUAAUGCAGAGAUAUAAUAUCAGCAGUCACGAUCUGUCUACGAUCAAAAUCAGUCCAGAGAGUUUGGCACUGCCCGCGAAUUGUUUUUCAUUGGUUUUGACACCCAGGAAAAACAUCUAGGAAUGGAUUGCUAUACCCUCAAGGGAGGGUAAAUCUCCUAAUUACUAAUAAGAAUAUAAAUAUUAAAAAUUAUAGAGAAAUAUCUGCCUUUGAUUAGCAAUUAAGGGUAGCUAAUUAAGAUUGCAUUAAUGAGUUUAAAAGAACACAUUAAAUAAUAUUGUAAAACUAGUUUGUAUUCCAUGUCUGUAUUUUGUACCCUAACAUUCACCCAAAGCCUUAAAGUUUCAAAACACACAAUAUUUAUAAUAGUCAUUCUC